AAAUCCCCACGAUACCAUCCGGCCUUUGGCCUCUUAUGUUUCUGUUGAUACAUACUCGUACUGGUACGUAGUUUAUGAUCGUUGCAUGAUAAUGGCUUCUGAAAAAGCAUACCGGGUGUUGCUCUGCUUGGGGUUCGCGAUGCUGUUGAUAGUUGUUGUUGUCGGUAGCCUAGAACAUAUGCCUUCCACGAGCGAAAAAAGCGAGGACUCGGAAGCAAUUAAGGACAGGGCAAAAGAUGCCAAACGAACAUCGGAGUCGUGGACAGAAUGGGCGAAGGACAAAAUCUCCGAGACUGUCGGACGAAAACAAGAUGAAGCCAAGGAGGCUGCUAAGAAAGCGUCUGACUCUACCGCUGAAACUGCUCAGAGGACCAAACACAAAGCUUCUGAAAAAGCUGAAGAGCUGAAGGAUGCUGCAACGCAGAAGGCCAACGAAAUGAAAGAUAAGGCCUCUGAAAUGACGAAUGCGGCUAAGGAGAAGCUCAGUGCGGCUGAAGGCCAGACCAGCGAUGCUACAGAAGCAGCAAAGGAGAAAGGUGAGGAGGCAAAGAACACGGCCUUUGAGAAGGCUGAGGAAGCAAAGGACAAGGCCUUUGAGAAGGCUGAGGAAGCAAAGGACAAGGCCAGAGAGACAGUUGGAGCUGCGAAAGAGAGAGCAUACCACAAGUCCGAAGAGGCAAAAGAUAAGGCAAAGAAGACAUCACAGCAUCUCAAGGAUAACGUGGCUGGUGCCGGUGGUGAAUUGCCGGACGAAGAGCUCUGAUUUGUUUCUUUGGCUGUUCUGUUGUCGUUUUGGCGUCUAUUUUACAUAUCUGGUGUCCUGUCUUGUAUUUUGUUGGGCUUGAAUGAAGUAGAAAUGAAGUAUAGUUGGGAUGAGUGACGACAGAGCCCAUGUGAGGCCUGUAUGAGCCCAUAUGUAUAUUUUCUACAUGGAUGGAUUAGUCAACGAAGAAAAUGUUCCUGUAAUUUGAAUCAUAAUCUGAUUGACAAAACAAGGGAAAAAAAAUACACAUGA